AUGUUCCGGCAUCGCGUCCAGUGGUGGUCUUACUCGUUCGGUGUCGAAGUUGUCAGAACUAACAGCGGCAUGAAACCGCAAGAGGUCGUGGGAGGGACUUCUACUGCCAUUGUGGGAAUACAGAAGUCGAGCGGCAAGGAGGACCUACAAGGCGGAUACAAGAGUAACCAGCAAGUCUUAGGUAUUAAAAUGACAUUAGAACCGCGCAGUACAAACAGUCAGCUCGUACUACCUUCAAAACUCGCUGGAUCAAGCGCUCACGAAGAGUUAGGAACGUUUAUAUUGUUGCUUGUUGAAUUAGAUGCAUUGCGAAAGCUUUCUAUUCCUUCACCUAUCGGUUUAGACUGUAUGACCUAUGAUCGCGAUUUUGUCGACAUCCUCGAAAAGGCAUGUAAGGUGCCAAAAGAUACCACAGCGCCGUCACACAAGCGGCCGCUCACAAUCCUGCGUGAUCUCGGAGGGUUGGGACAAGACUAG